AAGCUGAAGUUCAAGAGAAGGGAAGUGGUUGGCCAGUUGGCGGAGGUGCUCAACAUGGCCGAGGCGRUCCAGUCAGACCUGAUCUCAGAGGAGCUGCCUGAGUGGAAGAAGAGGCAGCAGAGCUCCUGUAUUGGAGGACCACCCAACGCAUGUCUGGACCAACUGCAGAACUGGUUCACAGCGGUGGCAGAAAGCCUGCAGCAGGUGAGGCAGCAGCUGAAGGAGCUCCAGRAACUAGAGCAGAAGUACACAUACGACAACGACCCAAUCAAACAGCAGAAAGGCUUCCUGGAGGGGCGGGCCUUGGCACUGUUCCGGAACCUCCUUGAACAGUGA